UUUUUUCCCUUUCAUUUUUCAAUGCAGUGAUGGGAAAUAUGUACAAGAAUAGGAAACAAGCUGGUGGGCAUGGACCUCCAAGAGAAAAUACUGAUACGCAGAAACAUGAAAUGGACUUAAGGAAGAUUAUGAAAGAUGUUGAAAAUUUUAGCUACUCACAUAUGACAUGGAAAGAACGCAAAAAGAUUGAAAAUAGGAAUGUUGUUUCUCUUGGUGGGAAGCCCCCUAAGAAUCAGAGAUUACCUUUAAGUGUGGCACGACCAAUGAUGAAGAAACAACAGGAGAGGGAGCAGAAUAGAAAGGCCGAUCCUGGUGGCCGAUUGACAUUCGGCUUCCUGAUUUCGCCAUUCGGCGGCCGAUGGGGAGGUGGCCGAACCCCCCCACCUGUACAGAAUCUUUUUGAGUAA